GACAGCCAACGGCUCUGGGCUGCUGAUGAGAAUGACAACAUCGCUAAUGCACUAGUGCAGUGAAUAGUAACCGAACUGAAACAAACAGAGCCACCAAAGCGUCUAAACCACAAUAAAGCACACACUCUGCCUCCUUACCAUGCCGAGCAGUAAGGCUGAGAAAAAAGAAGUCAGCGAUAACGUCAAAGUUGUGGUGAGAUGUCGUCCCCUCAACCCAAAGGAGAAGACGAUGGCCUACAAGCAGUCUGUCAUGGUCGACGAGAUCCGUGGGACCAUAACGGUGAACAAACUGGAGAACCCCCACGAACCUCCAAAGACCUUCACCUUUGACACAGUGUUUGGGCCGGACAGCAAGCAGCUGGAUGUCUACAAUCUCACAGCCCGCCCCAUUGUUGACUCUGUGUUAGAGGGAUAUAAUGGCACAAUUUUUGCAUAUGGACAAACUGGCACAGGAAAAACAUUCACCAUGGAGGGUUAUAGGGCAGUACCAGAGCUCCGAGGGAUUAUCCCAAAUUCGUUUGCUCAUAUUUUUGGACAUAUUGCCAAGGCAGAGGGCGACUCCAGAUUUUUAGUUCGUGUUUCGUACCUCGAGAUUUACAACGAGGAAGUGCGGGACUUGCUGGGAAAGGACCAGCUGCAGAGACUUGAGGUCAAAGAGAGACCAGAUGUUGGCGUGUACAUCAAAGACCUCACUGGUUAUGUGGUAAACAAUGCGGAUGAUAUGGACCGGAUUAUGACAUUGGGUCACAAAAACCGGUCUGUCGGCGCUACAAACAUGAACGAGCACAGCUCCCGCUCUCAUGCCAUCUUCACCAUCACCAUCGAGUGCAGUGAGAAGGGGGUCGACGGUAACCAGCAUGUGCGCAUGGGAAAGCUUCAUCUUGUAGAUCUGGCAGGUUCAGAAAGACAGGGCAAAACUGGGGCCACGGGUCAGCGUCUGAAGGAAGCAACAAAGAUCAAUCUCUCUCUCUCUACUCUGGGGAACGUCAUCUCUGCCCUGGUGGACGGAAAGAGCACACACGUUCCCUACAGAAACUCCAAACUGACCCGUUUGCUGCAGGAUUCACUGGGAGGAAACUCCAAAACCAUGAUGUGUGCAAACAUAGGCCCUGCAGACUACAACUAUGACGAGACCAUCAGCACCCUGCGCUACGCUAACAGGGCUAAAAACAUCAAAAACAAAGCUAGAAUCAACGAGGACCCCAAGGAUGCCCUUCUACGGCAGUUUCAGAAAGAGAUCGAGGAGCUCAAGAAGAAACUGGAGGAGGGUGAAGAAAUCUCUGGCUCAGAAGGCAGUGGAUCAGAGGAGAUGGAUGAAGGUGAUGAUGAAGCAGGAGAGGCAGGAGAAGGCCGACGGAGACGAAGGGGUAAAAAGAAGGUUUCUCCAGACGAGAUGGUGGAGAUGCAGGCUAAGAUUGAAGAAGAACGAAAGGCUCUGGAAGCCAAGCUGGACAUGGAGGAGGAGGAGAGGAACAAGGCAAGAGCAGAGCUGGAGAAGAGGGAGAAAGACCUUCUCAAAGCCCAACAGGAGCAUCACCUCCUACUAGAGAAAUUAUCAGCAUUAGAGAAGAAGGUGAUUGUAGGUGGAGUGGAUCUUCUGGCCAAAGCUGAGGAGCAGGAGAAGCUCUUGGAGGAAUCAAACAAUGAGCUGGAGGAACGGCGCAAAAGAGCAGAGCAGCUGCGAAAGGAGCUGGAAGAGAAAGAGCAAGAACGUUUAGAUAUUGAGGAGAAAUACACGAGUCUGCAGGAGGAGGCUCAAGGAAAGACCAAAAAGCUCAAAAAAGUCUGGACUAUGCUCAUGGCUGCCAAAUCAGAGAUGGCAGAUUUGCAACAAGAGCACAACAGAGAGAUUGAGGGCCUCCUGGAAAACAUCCGCCAGCUGAGUCGAGAACUACGGCUCCAGAUGCUCAUCAUAGAUAACUUUAUUCCCCAGGAUUACCAGGAAAUGAUAGAAAAUUACGUCCACUGGAAUGAAGACAUUGGAGAAUGGCAGCUGAAAUGUGUAGCUUACACUGGAAACAAUAUGAGAAAACAAACCCCUGCUCCAGACAAGAAAGAAAAAGAUCCUUUUGAGGUGGAUCUGUCCCACAUGUAUUUAGCAUAUACAGAGGAGAGCAUGCGGCAAUCACUGAUGAAACUAGAGAGGCCCAAAACCUCAAAGAGCAGUAAGAGUGGCAGACCGAAAACCGGCCGAAGGAAAAGAUCAGCAAAACCAGACACGGUGAUCGAUUCACUUCUGCAGUGAAGAUGUGCAGGAUUGGCCCCACUGCAGCUCUCCCCUACACUCCUGCUUUGAUGUAACAUAAAAGAAGUAUUUAGUCCCGCUUAUGGUUGAACAGUAAUAGACUUUGAGCGCACACUGUAUUCAUGGUGAGGUUUUAAAUGGGAUCAGGCAGCACCUUUUUUUCUUUUUAGGAAAACAACCACUAAAGUAUAGGAUGGACUUUAUGUACCUUAGAGCUGGGAAGAAUCAGAUUGCAAAAACUUUACAUUAAAAGACAGCUGCUUGAAGCAGAGCAUCACAGUCACAAGUCUCCAUGUAUUUGUUUUGAUUUGAUGUGGUAGACCAACAGAAACUAGUGCAUAGUUGGGAAGUGUAAACAAAAUUGAUUAUUUUGCAUAUCCUUUAAUUAUAGAUCUCAGAAAUUGUGUUGUACAUUUUAUGCAUCCCUUUAAGUACGCCUAGGCUUCAUAGAACCUCAUUUAGGUGUGAUACUGCACAGACACACACCCUUUACCUUGUAUAACAGUGUGUUCAUGGUAUCUGCAGUGUUAGUUUUUCACAUACAGCGGGUGAAAGUAUAGAACACGCCACAACAAUACCGAGUGUUCAGGGCCCAAAAAAAUACUAAGGUCAAGAGCCAGAACUUCUAGGCGUGUUCAGUGGCAUGCUCCCCCAGAGAGGUUUUUAAUUCUGUCAUUUAAACCUGGUAGUUUUCAAAAUCUUAAGGAGCAAAAACAUCAUUGUGACUUUUUAAAAGGCUCAGCUAUAAAUUUCUCCUCUCCUGUCUCCCCUACCAGCCAGAGUGUCAGGUCUAAGCACCUAAAACAUCAUACAUACAUGCAGGGAAAGAAAGAAGGCACAGAGACAAUUAAUUUAGUUUACUCGUGAGGAGAGUAGGAAGAGACUGCGGAGUUUACAAAUCUCCAACCCACUCUGAUAUUUAUUGGAAUCAGUGAUCCCUGGUUACAACAGCUGAGACUACUUUAGUGACUAGAGACAAAAUGAGGAAUUCAGACCUUCAGUCUCAGUAAAUAUCCUAUAAAUAUCAAGAGUGCAGUCAAAAUUUACGCUGUUGAACCUGUUCACCAAAGUUCAGCAGGUCGAGUGCUGCUCGUAGAUCAACCACAACCUCCCCAAAAGCAAAUCUACAUACUUCAGAAAAGAUGGCUAUAAACACAUGCACAUAGCACACAGCUUUAUGCAUGAUAACACCACAGAGAUACAUUUAUAUACAAUUAUUCCAACACAGACAUUUCAGACAUUAUAAACCUGAUUUAAUGUCAUCUUUCUUUUGAAGCUUGGUUAGAAAUGUCGCAAAAGACAUUACAGUAUAUUUAAAAUUAGUUGCUUCAUAAUUACUUGAGCUUUUAAAAUAGACACCCAAGGGUUUUCGCGGGUCAUUAAAAAUCAUUAAAAGUCAUUUCAAUUGUUAUUUUUUAAAUUAAGGCCUUAAUUGGCAAAAAAAUUCAUUAAAUGUGUUUAUUGUAGCAUUUAAAUUCUUUCUUAAAAAAAAUGUUUUGUAUAAGAACACUUUCGUCAGACACAUUAUAUCACGAUGUGUUUGCGUGGAACUGCUUCCGGUUGAUCGCAGAGACGUAUGUUCGGGAAAGUAGCUUGAGUCGGAGAAAAAGCUAGAGAAUGGGGAAGAAUGCCAGUUUCAACAAAAGUGGUUGGAAAACGAGGAAUUCGGGGCAUGGAUGCAGCCUGUCGACAGGUACCUGUUGGUGGCAUUAAAAUUAUUUCUAAGAGCAUUAAAAAGCAUUAAAUUAGAGUUAUUAAUUCCUGUAUAAACCCUGCACCCAGACCCUGUUACACUAUUAUGUUGGUAAUGGUGCCUAAUAUAACAUAUUUCUAUUGUAAUCUUACACAAUACUUCAGUUAUCACACAUUAUACAUCAAAUUUUUGAAACCGCUCAGGUGCAGCAUCUUUCUUUUCUAGCACCUUCUCUCCCUCUAUCUCUCUCCUCACUGCUCCUCCUGCUGCUCGGCCCAAAGUUUGGUUACACUCAGCCUUUUCCUCCUUAUCCUGUUUUCCCUUUAGUGAAGAAUAGCAACAAAGUGAUAGAAAAGAAAACAAUAUGCAUUUCAACAUCAUGUUUGAAUUAGUUUUAUUAGAAAAUGAAAUUAUACUGAAUUAGUUUCCCAUGUUUCAGAGGAGCCCAGUGUCAAAGAAUUAAAUAGUAAAACUAGCUAUUAGCAAGUAUAAAUAUUAAAAAAAAGAACAUGCUAAUUUACUCAUGUCAAUGCCGUCUGCAAUGAGCAACAUCCAACACUGAGAAAUUAAACGCUGAGUAAAGUUUCAUUUAUCGCACCGUUAUCAACAACUCAUUAAGCUGUUCUCCGCCUACAUUAGCAGCUCGAUGUGCUCCUCUUCAAGUGACUGAUGGACUCAUGAGGCGGUGGCUUGUAUGUGGCAGUUACUGUAGCGACAAUGCGUGCUGACUCAGGAUGAUUGAACAGCUUCUUUUUUAUUAGUUAGUUGCUCUAGUUUCGCUCUUCAAAUAUAAAACAACUCACAGGUUAGUGAGAGUACAAGAUCAUCGUCUUACAACCAGUUUCACUGUAAUGUAUUUUAGUUUUUUAUCACAACUUGCAAUAAAUAAAUUAAUGAAAUUCUAAGGACAGGACCUCAGAGUCCUCAAUGUUAGUGAUGGCCCUGUGUGUGUUCAAUACUUUUUCCCUGUGCCAUUCCACUAUUACACAUUAUUUAAUUUCUGGACAUAUGGUUUGAUUUCUCUGUAUGUGUGGAUUGCAUGGAUUGCUACCAACAUCUGGUUAAAAUGUCAUGUCAAUAGCAACUCUAUAUAUUUACAGAGAAAAAUGGUGGCGUGGUCAGUAAUAAUUUCACUCACUGUAAGGCGGCUAAAGAGCUUAAUGUUUUGCCAUCUUUCCUUCAUGGCUUGUUCAUAUGCGAACAGGGCUAUAAAUCAGCAGAGGCUUCCAGAAACCACCAGAUGUAUGAAGUGAGCAGGUAACAGUUGUCCUGUCAGCAGUUUCUCCCACCUGAGCCGUGGAUCUGUGCAGCUCCUGCAAAGACUCUUAGCUGCUUCUUAAGUUAAGACCCUGGUAGCCUGGCCUGUCAGCUGGGGUGGAAAACCAUGAAAAGUCUCUUUUGAGGUUUUGAGGUUAUAGUUUGUGUACUUUCUGUAAGCUGUUUUAGGUUUGGGAUCAUUCUUUGUUCAGUAGCUCUGCUUCAUGUCUUUGCACAAUUCUACCCUGCCUGCUUUCUUCAUCAAGUUACUUUUUAAUUAAUGUUCUCUAAAGCAGCGGUCCCCAACCUUUUCUGCGCCGAGGACCGGUUAUGUCUGACAAUAUUUUCACGGACCGGCCUUUAAAGUGUGGGGG